AUGUAGAGAAUAUCCAAAGAUUAUCAUCUGAUUUUAUGUUGGCUUCAGAAGUAUAUGAUAUGUCUUUACAGUAUAACAAUGAUUGUUUAGAAAAUUACAUUGAUUUGGACAAGCUUUAUAAUGAUAUUGAUAAUUCACUGAAUUGUGAUAAUCUAAAAUACUAUGAGAAAAACAAUAUUCAACCACCAGCUUUAUUAAAGAUAGAAAUGACGUUUGACAUCUUUGAUUAUGCAGAGCGGUUUCUUAACCAGUAUACAAAAGACAAUAG